AUGAGAGGAGGCAUCCUUGAAGUGCUUCUUGUUAAUGCUAAAGGCAUUAGACACACAAAACUUAUUGGAACCCGAUCGUAUUAUGUCAUUAUCGAAUGUGGAACUCAAGUACAUAGAAGCAAAGUAUCAUCAGGUGAAGAUGAUAAGGCUUGGUGGAAUGAAAAAUUCCUAUUUGAGCUCCCUUUGUCUGAUUGGAAAAACUUGACACAUCUCAAAAUAAGAAUCAUGGACACAGAAUUCCUCACAGACAGUGCAUUUAUUGGUGAAACAAUGAUUUACCUUGGUGGAAUAGUUCUAGAGGGAGCCGAAAGAGACUUUAUAGAAAUAAAACCGGCUCCAUAUAAUGUGGUGCUUGAAGAUGAUACCUACGAAGGACAGAUAAAGAUUGGGAUUAAGUUCAUUGUGAAUGUAAGAAUUAAUCGCAAUAGAUUAAAGUCUCAUCCUAAUUCUUGUCGUUGA